AUGGUUCAGAAGGUGGCCGUGAUCGGUGCGGGGAUUUCUGGUCUGACCAGCAUCAAGGCCUGUUUGGAUGAAGGUCUGGAGCCCACCUGCUUUGAGAGCAGCCAUGACAUUGGGGGUCUAUGGAGAUUUAAAGACGAUCCAGAGCCUGGACGGGCCAACAUCUAUUUCUCUGUGAUCAUCAACAGCUCCAAAGAGAGGAUGGCCUUCAGUGACUUCCCUCCUCCAGCUCAUUUCCCCAACAACAUGCACCACUCUGAGAUGCUGCAGUAUCUACGUCUCUACGCUCAAGCCUUCAAACUGCUGCAGCACAUACGCUUCCAGACGACCGUGGUCAGUGUGAAGCACAGGACAGAUUUUGCUGCGACAGGCCAGUGGGAGGUGGAGACAGAGAACAGAGAGGGUCAGAGGGACACUCAUGUUUUUGACGCCGUGCUGGUUUGUACCGGACACUUCACCCGACCUCACCUGCCACUCAAAGACUUCCCAGGUAUUGAGAGCUUUGAAGGCAGAUAUUUCCACAGCUGGGAUUACCGCAACGCUGAGGGUCUGCAGGGGAAAAGAGUGGUGGUGAUCGGGAUUGGGAGUUCUGGAGGUGACAUUUCUGUGGAUAUCAGUAGAGUUGCUGAGAAGGUGUACCUCGCUACCCGGAGCGGAGCCUGGGUUGUGAGCCGUGUAGGAGAGGGGGGACUCCCAGUGGACAUGUUAGGGACGUCCCGAAAGGAUUUAAUGCUGCAGAAGCUCUUCCCCUCAUGGAGCGCCAGGAUGUUGGAAAAGAAAGUGAACAAAGUAUUUGAUCAUGGACUAUAUGGCCUGAAACCAAAACAUGGGUAA